AUGAUAAGAAAAAGUUUAUUAAGAUUGGCUGGGUAUCCUAAAGCAUCCUUUCAUGAACAAAAUAUAAACCCAUUUUCAAAUGUUCAAUGGAAAAGUUCUCCUUUUUUAAAAAAAAAUAUGCCAAAAACAGAUAUAUUUGCAGAAGAACAUAUUUCUAAAAAUGCAAUAAGUGUUUUUGAUAAAGAAAAAGGCAAUUGGUUUGUUAUUGAUGCAACUGAUAAAAGUGUUGGAAGUUUAAGUGUAUGCAUUAGUAGAUUGUUACAAGGAAAAUAUAGAGUUGAUUAUAAUUCUAAUAGAGUAAAUAGUAGUAGUGUAAUAGUUGUAAAUGCAAUUCAUGUAAAAUUUUAUGGGCAUACAUGGGAUACUAAAAUUUAUAAAUUUCCAAGAAAAAGUCACUCAAAAGGUCAUAAAAUAUUAACUUGUAAAACAGUUUUUGCUAGAAAUCCAUCUAUGAUUUUAAAUUUAGCAGUUAAAAGAAUGCUACCAAAUAACAGAUUAAGGCAAAUAUUUUAUAGAAAACUUUUUGUUUAUCCAGGUGCUUUACAUCCACAUUGGGGUAUACCGCAAGUUAUUAUUCCAAAAAAUAAAAUAAACAAAGAUAACGAACAAAAUUCAAUAAAAACAUUCACAAUUAUUUAG